CGCCAUGCUGAGCUUCCGAAGUUUGUACACCUCUACCUUACCUACCUAAGCGACCACUUGGCGCGUCAUUAUGGUCCUGCCGAAUUUACUAUGUAAAUACUAAAGAAAGGUACUGCACCUCCCUUAGCAGCCUUUGGUGGGGUUGAUGUGAUGAUCUACAUUGAAAGAGGCGCAGAUCCACGACUUGAAAACUGUUGACAACGCAGGAAAUACCACUAGAACUAGGUCUAGCUAGUUCUAGACAGUGGCAGAGGUGCAAGACAAGAAGAAGAAAAGCAACUCGAGAAACCAAAAAUCACAAAAUGGCAUCCACAGCCCAGUGGUCAUUGACCGAGCACCUCCUCGAGAGCAACCCAGAGGCCUACAAAGCAGCAACGCAAACCCCAUUUCUCCUCGCCGCAGCCGAGGGCCGACUGUCCAAGGAGCUGCUGGGACGGUGGUUGGCCAACGACAAGCUCUACAUACAGGGCUACAUCAAAGCGGUCGGGCGCACGCUCGACGCCGUCGACCUGCCGCAAACGACAAGGACGACGCCAGCAGCGCAGCAGCAACCGGGUCCAGAGGUCGAGUUUGUAAACUGGAUCUCGGACGCCCUGGCCGGCCUCUGCCGCGAGCACGGCAUGUUUGUCGACGUCGCGACCCGCUACGGGCUGGACAUGACGCUCGAGACGGGUCCGAACGGCAGGGUCAGCGAGUCGGCUAAGCUGCCCGGGCUGGUGCAGUUCGAGGCAUUGUUCGCAUCGCUGUUUCCCCGCGGCUGGCACGCCAGCAACGCCGAGGUGGGCGGGCAACAGCAGCAGGGGCACAAACCUUUGCCGUGGCUCGAGGCCGCGGUGGUGCUUUGGGGAACGGAGCGGAUCUACCUGGAUGCUUGGAGCUGGGCAAAGUCUCGGCAGAGCGGCAGGUCUACCGAUGAGGGGGAGGACCAGGACGGGGGCGCAGUCAGGAAGGAGUUCAUCCCCAACUGGACCAGCUUGGACUUUUCGGCAUUCGUCGCGACGCUGGGAGGGGUGUUGGAUAGGGCAGUGGCAAGGGAAGGGGAGGACGAGGCGGUUCGGCAACAGAUUGUCGAUAGGGCCAAGAGCAAGUGGGACGAGCUGGUUGCUGCCGAAGCUGCUUUCUGGCCAGUGUUGGAUUCUUGAAAAAAAGAGUCCAGGGUAGGUGGUUUAUUGUAGCUCGUCAAACUUGUGUACAGCAAUCGAAAAGAAAAGCGGGGAAAUUUCCAUUCUUCAGGGGGUCGAAAUAGCCGCUGCCAAAGGUGGGCUGAAAGCAAGCUGCUCAAAAUUACAGCCAAUCCUUCAUCUGCCCCCCUUGGGGAAGCGCUCCCUUCAGACAAGUCCAGGUUUCAGGGCCACUCCUUCUUGGUCCCCUCAAUGAUCACCGAAACAAUCAAGAAGCUUUAUGUUUAUUGAGAUCCCUUGAGUCUGGCCUGUCAUCCCGUCUUGUCCGUCCUUGCAUCAGACCAAACGGUCCAACAACCGUCCUUGCCGUGGUUGAUUGCUAGCCCUACACUACCGUAGAUACCUCAUAAUGGUGUAUGCACUCUCACACCAAAUCUGUCACUUUGUUUACCU